AUGGCAUUUCGCACCAGUGAUCAGAAGCCCCGAUGCUGUGUUGCACGACUACUGCAAAAGCUUCGUCCGAACAGGCUCCUUGCUCGCUAUCGUACUGUGCCUUCUCCCUGCAGCUCUGCAGCAGCACCGAAGGCUCUGACGGAGAAAGGAGGGAAUACAAAUGACCUGGCUGCUUCCUUACAAUCGGCUGCUCGAGCUACCAGAACAACCAUGACAACAGCGUCCGACAGCCAACAUAACAGGAAGGCCUCGAAUAUCAAAUAUACCGAUGAUGCCUUUAUUGAAAGGCUUACUAGUCUGUCAUUGUUCGAGCAGGCUUUCCUAAAAUCACUGGAAAAUGCCCUGCGUCGUGAAAACUUGACGCUACACUUCUCGGAGCCCUUGCCGCCCUCUCAGCAAAAUGACCCCUGGACACGGUUCAAUGAUGCUCGCCAUGCUCUGGGACAGAUGUGUUUUGAUCGGUCCGAAACUUCACGUGUGUACUCUUCUGUCAACGACCGGGAGGGAGGGGACGUUCAAUCAACCCAGGCAACCGAGGCCUGCAGCCACGGUGCCAUGUGCGAAAAGGUCUGGUGGAAAUGCUACAACUCCAAGCCACAAAAUCCGAUGGCUUGCUCCAACUGUGCAGACCGAUGCUCUGAGCGCCCUGAACAAUCUGUGGCAUCCACGGACAAUUUUCUUCCCGAGAGCCAGUCUUACCGGUCUGUAGUUGGUCGACCUCCCACACCAUUUGCUUUUCCUCGACAACUUGAAGGUCCGUGGAUCCACCAAAAACCCGGACACUGGGACAGCAUCGGCGCAAAGUCCGCCCUGGAGAGCUGGAUCAAGCAGUUUCUCAUGUUCUACUAUGAGCUGGAAUCUGGAUUGGCCAUGUACUUGUACCGAUACAUUGAUUUCUUCCUGUUUCCAGGGGCCAGAAAACUCGUCGCGGUUACUCGAGAGAUGCCGAAUAUUCUGAGGAGGAUGAAGGCCAAUUUGAAUAUCCUGCCGUACACCGCUUCUCUGACCAUCGAGAAGUUGGACAUGGAUCUCCGCGUGUGUAUGAAAGAGAUGCAGGAGAUGUAUAGCUCUCUGACGAUGUGGAUUGGUAUGAUGGCGAGUCCCUUCUACUGGGAAAGGGUAGCUCGCAGAAGGGUCGAAAUCAAGCACGAGUUGGACCCGGUCAUGGGACGGAUUGCGGACAACCUCCGGAUUUUGGUGCAGCAGAUGCGCGCGAGAGACCGGUGGUUACAAAAGGAGGCCAAAAAGCUGCUGGUCUGA